AUGGCCCUGCAGGGUGACUCUAAUCAAGACACUAUCGCCUUCACUUCCCUCUACGAGUCCAACCCAACGACCAUCGUCCUCUUGCACGGCGCCACCUCUUCCAGCUUAGAAUGGGACUUCGUCAUCCCGCAUCUCUCGAACUACCACCUUCUGGUCCCCGAUCUUCCGGGCCAUGGCCGAUCCCGUUCACUCGGCCCCGCAUCCAUCGAUAUCUCCGCCGUCCACGUCGCUCAGCUGAUCCAAGCGCAUGCGAAAGGCGCAAAAGCCCACGUCGUCGGUCUUUCCAUGGGUGGCUACGUCGCACAGCGUCUGGCUCUCGACUCGCCGUCCCUAGCCCUCUCCCUCUUCGUCACGGGCGCCUCGCCGUUCCAAGGUUGGACGAGGUGGAUGGCCGAACGUCCAGGCCUCAUCUACUACCUUCUCAGUGCUUUCAUAAACUGGCUUCCCGCACCGCUGUACUGGUACACCGCGUCAGCGACGGGACUGAAGCGGCAUGAUGCGCUGUUGGCAGACCAGCGGUCGAACCUCGAGGUGCAGACCAUCCGAGAGGUCUACGGGUCCAUACUGCAGCUGGGAUUUGAGCAGGUACGACAGCUUCGCGUUAGGGCGUUAUUUGUUGCGGGUGGUCGGCAGGAUGACGUUCUUGGUACGACCAAGGUGGGCGAGGUGCUCAGAAAUCGGGUGGCGGAGGAUGGCGAGAGGCAACCCGAUGACGGUUCCCGCGCUGUAGUUGUGCGCGAGGCUUUGCAUACUUGGGAUUUGCAAUUGCCAGAGCUCUUUGCACAAGGUGUACUUGCUUGGAUUGAAGAGAGGCAGUUGCCGGAAGAGUUUGACACGCUAUGA